AUGCCUGGAGAUGCUGAGAACUGGGUCAAAGCUUGUCGUAUAUGUGCAGCUAAUGGGAAACCAGAGAAGCCUACACCAAUGCUGCGAACCUUUGCACCUGAUGCGGUCUGGGAAACCAUUGCGGUAGACUUCAAUGGCCCAUACUCACGAUUUGGGGGCAUCUAUAUUUUAUUACUCGUAGAUUAUAGAUCAAGGUACGUGAUAGCUCGACCGGUCAAAUCAACCAGUUUCGAGCACACGAAGGCUGUUCUGGAAGAGAUCUUCGAUAAAGAGGGGUUUCCAAAAACCAUAAAGAGUGAUAAUGGACCACCUUUUAAUGGCGAGGAUUACAGAUUAUACUGCUCUGAACGUGACAUCGUAAAUCAGUUUUCUACACCAUUGUUUCCACAGCAGAACGGUCUGGCCGAAACCUAUAUGAAAAUGGUAAACAAAGCUAUGGCAGCUGCUGUGACUUCGGGAAACAACUACAACGAGGAGUUGCAGGCAGCAGUGAGGGCUCAUAAUGCGGCCACCCAUGCUGUUACUCAGGUACCACCGGAAGAGGUGAUGUUCGGAAGGAAAAUUAAAAGGGGUCUCCCACUCCUAAAUAGAGCUAGAACCCAUCACGACGAGAACCUGCUGAAUGAACGAGAUCGCAAAGCUAAACUUCGAGGUAAAUCUCUGGAGGACAGUCGUCGUUCCGCUCGAGAAUGUCGGGUUAAACCCGGCGAUGUGGUCAUUGUCGAACGUCAGAUCCGGGCAAAAGGUGAUUCUAGGUUCAACCUAAAGCGGUACACGGUACUCGAGGAGAAAAACGGGAGCUUGUUGUUGGUUGACGAUGGAGGAGCAACGUUGAAACGUCAUGUAACUCAGACAAAAAAGGUCUACAAGUGGGCGGAAAAUCCGAAGUUAUCAUCUGACGAAAGUGCCGGUCACGGCCACAAGCGACCUAAACGAGAGAAAAAGACUCCCUCACACCUGCGGGAUUUUGUAUAA